CGUCAGUUACCAUAUUGGUUUUCGUAUCGAUAGCAAUUCAAGAUGAAACUCGCCAUUGUCCUUUUGGGUCUGGUAGCCCUCUCUGCCGCCGCUCCACAAGAACGCGGAGUCGUUCAGAAUAUGCUUCAGGACGAAGUCAACAAAGCCCAGUCUCAAUUGAAAAGCCUUCAGGACCAAGUCAGCGAUUUGAAAAGCAAGAUCGAAACUGAUGCUGCCAAUGUCAUCUCCGCUGCUGAGGCUAAGCUUGGACCCAUGUUCACUGAUUUGGAAAACGAAAUUUCCAAAUUGAUUGCCAAGGGUGAAGUCAUUGCUGAUUGCGCCAUCAAGAACCGCGAUGAUUUGGCGGAAUUCAAACCCAUCGUUUUCAACAACUUACCAACCUGCGCGUCAGGAUUAGCCGAUGACAUUGGUGCCAUUCUUCUUGGUGUUGAAUCAGAUAUCGGUGCCUUGGCAGGUGCUAUCGCCAAUUUGGCCCUUAUUGCUGGUGAAUGCGCUGCACAAGGUGAAGCAGGAGCUGCUAUUUGCGCUGGUUCCAAGGUCGGACCGAUUUUGGGCAAUGUCCUCUCAAUCAUCGGGGAUGCCGUUGCUGCUGUAGGAAUCGCCAUUGGCAAGGCUCCCGCUAUUGUUGCCGAUGUCGAAUACUGUGCCUCAAAUGUGGUAGCGAAUGCUGUCGUCACUCUUGGCAAGUUCGGUGAUGCUGUCAAAAAAUGCGCUUAAGCACUUUAGUUUUAUUGUUGCCGAAGAUACAAUAAAAGUGGUCUGAUUGAAAAAAUAAAAUCGACAAUCUUUUAAUGAAAA